CUGCGCAACACGUACUUCUCUCUUGCUCGGCGAUCCCUUACCCCUUCUUCUCCAGCAGUCAUGCUCUUCUGGGCACAAGUGCCUGACCGCAGGCUCCGGCUCAUCUGUUUCCCAACUUCACCUCAUUUGGCGAAGCACAGUGGCCGACUCACUUGAACUUUCCGAGUCGUUUGCCCGCGCUCACAGCCAGGCAUCCGCAGGCAGGAAAGGCUUCGUUGUCACCUGCUACCGCUCACGAGAUGGCUUCAUCCCCAGAAGUCGCUCUUGCCAAUGACCGCUAUCAAGAUGACGGAAUGUUGACAGUCAAAGCUCCGCGGAUGCACAGCAUCCCUGUUAGCGAGCAUCUCAAUCCCAACCAUGUUUCCAUAGCACGAAAUCCGCAAGAACUCAAGCACACCAAAGAUCGACAGCACACAUCUUGCACGUCGCUCGAGACGAGAUGGAGCCAGCUCUCAACAUCCUCAUCAACGGCGCCGGGAUCGCGGGUAUCGUCGCUGCAUUCUUCUUGGCCCAAGCCGGUGCGCGCGUUACAGUAGUCGAGCGAUCCAACGCCUUGCGGAAGGAAGGUCAAGCCGUGGACGUGCGAGGGCAUGGCCUUGCCAUCCUUCGUCGCAUGGGCCUCGAGCGGGCGGCUUGCGAGAGAGCGACUGGAGAGGCUGGCCUUCGAAUGAUUGACGCGCAAGGGCAGUGCAGCGUCGAAUUCCCCGUUGCAGAUGGAUCAGGUUUCACCGGUGGCAUCGAGAUUGUGCGCGGGGAACUGGUUUCCUUGCUCUGGGAGGCCACGAGGUCGAACGUCGAGUACAUCUUCGGCGAGAGUAUUGAGACCCUGUCUUCGAGCCAUUCGGGCAUCGAUGUCACUUUCACCAACAGCGGGCACACUAGGCACUUCGAUGUAGUGAUCGGAGCUGAUGGCUGGGCCAGCACAACGAGAAGGCUCGCUUUUGGCCACGACGUCUCUGCUAAAGCGAUUCAGCGGCUGGGUCAAUGGGUCGUCUGGUUUAGCAUUUCACGCAUUUCCGGAGAUGGUGAGUGGGCCAGAUGGUAUGUCGCCCCGCGGAAAAGAAUGCUUCUGCUACGACCAGAGACAAGCGGAACAACAGGAGUGUCGUUAUGGAUUUCAGGCCUCGCUUUCGAGCCCAGCCAUUUGGCAAGCGCCAGCCUUGCCGAGCAGAAGACUUUUUGGGCGACUCAUCUCCGUGGAAUUGGCUGGCAAGAAGCCAGACUUCUAGAUGGGCUCAAGGUCGCUGAGCACUUCCACACGCAAGAGAUCGCUCAGGUCAAACUGAAGGCAUUUACUCGAGAUCGUGUGGCUCUCGUGGGUGAUGCUGCGUCUUGCCCUUGCCCGUCAUCAGGGAUGGGAACGACGGUCGCCUUCGUCGGGGCAUACAUUCUCGCCCGCGAGAUCGCCAACAAUCCACGAGGACAUGAGUCUGCGUUUGGUGCGUAUGAGAGCAAGAUGGUCCCUUUCACCCGUCGGGCGCAAGUAUUGGCCCCUUGUGCUCCAGGCAUGAUCAGCCUGAGUUCGAUCGUGAGCAUCUGGCUGCUGCACUUGUUGAUCUUGGUGACCAAGUGGUGCGGCGUAGUGCAUGCUAUUGCAAGAUUCUAUCGCCCGCCUGCUGCUGCCAUCGAUCUUUCGGCUUACGACAUUCGUCCAGUGGAUGAUUCGUUGCCUUCCAUGACUCCAUUGAGAAAUUGGCUCAAAAAAGUUGCUCCACGAUGACGACUGCCAUCUGCUGCCUAGCGAUCCCGAAACGCGACGACGUUCCAGCCAUAGCGCUUUCCUAAUACAGCCGAGAGAUCGACUUCACGAGCUGUCAGCAAAGUUGUUCGUGUUGACUUGAUUGGGCCGUCGGCCACACUUUAUGAUUGGGCAUCUCGUUGCACCAUCUCAUGAUUGGCUUGAGAAAACGUGAAUGUCCUCAUAAGCACUUGAGCUCAUUGGACGACUGGACUCCCGCUGCAGACAUUGCUUUGCAUUGCGACCCAAACAGUGCGCCUCAGCCGGCGGCCGGGCAUCCUCUUGGUCCGGGCCGGUACGGGAAUCUAUCGGUUUCUGCUCGGGCAGUGCCCCUCGGACGUGUAUCCGCCAUCUUGAAACAAUUCGAAGUGGUCUAUCUUCCGGCAGCGGUCUGGACUUGAUGCCCAGCUCCAAGGCUAUGGAGUAUGCACGGGGGAAAAUUCUUGAUUAGGACAUGUGGACGACCUGUCUUGUCGUAUGGCUGGAGAAGCGUCGAACUUACAUCUGAUCCGGAACCCAACGAGCUUUGUCAAGCUUAAGCCAUGGUGCUGAUCAUUGAGCAGCUACAUCAUGUCGCUGUCUAGACAUCUGAAUCUAGAUGGUUUGGUAUCCGCCACUGAAUCAAUGACUUCCUUUCUUGCGCUCUAAGUCGUGCUGUGGAUGCGUCAUGGAUCACCUGGAAUGUAGUCUGUCUUGCUUGAAGUGAUGAGAGUACUUGACAAGGAGGUACUUGAUGCCUUUCUAACUCCUCUGUCGAACAUCGGAACAUCUCGGAGUCAUAACACCGAUCAUACUGCCAAUGACCAGAGUUGGCGAGCCCGACACGUUGGUGCUUAAUGAGACCGCAGUUCUCUGGCACCGUAAUGCCUGAGGAUCUAAAGG